CUCCCCGCCCCCAGUCUCGCCACACAGCUUUACAAUCUGGACGGUCGGGACUGCAGCCCUGCAAGGGGUUUGGAGAGACUUCCAACGGCUUCAUUCUACAGACCAGCAAACCAAGGCCCUGGGAAGAGUCCUGCACCCUCGGCCUACACUUCCCCGCAUGGUCCUGUCCCUUCCUGUGAGGGAGGGCUGCGUUAGGUCGUAGGACCGGACCUUGCCACCUUUGGUGGCUGGGAUCCUGGGGGAGCCGGAAUAACCACUCGCCCUCCCGCGCACCUUGCCCGCCUGCGCCCUUCUUCUUGGGUGACUCAUAAUGCCACCCUGGGGUGGGGCUCAGAGCAAACCAGAUAAGGGACUGAUAAGGAAAUUUCUGUACCAGCUGACUCCACACACAGAGGGGAGAGGUGUCUUCUGGCUGAUUGGGGCCCUGGUGCUGUCCGUGGGGAUCUAUGCAGAGGUGGAGAGGCAGAAAUACAAAACCCUCGAGAGUGCCUUUCUGGCCCCAGCCAUCAUCCUCAUCCUCCUGGGGGUCGUCAUGUUCAUCGUGUCCUUCAUUGGCGUGCUGGCUUCCCUGCGGGACAACCUGUGCCUUCUCCAAGUGUUUAUGUACAUCCUCGGGAUCUGCCUCAUAAUGGAGCUCAUUGGUGGCGUGGUGGCCUUGAUCUUCCGGAACCAGACCAUUGACUUUCUGAACGACAACAUCCGGAGAGGGAUUGAGAACUACUAUGACGACCUGGACUUCAAGAACAUCAUGGACUUUGUUCAGAAGAAGUUCAAGUGCUGUGGCGGGGAAGACUACCGCGACUGGAGCACAAACCAGUACCACGACUGCAGCGCCCCUGGCCCCCUGGCCUGCGGCGUGCCCUACACCUGCUGCAUCCGGAACACGACAGAGGUUGUCAACACCAUGUGUGGCUACAAAACCAUCGACAAGGAGCGCCUCAGCGUGCAGAACGUCAUCUACGUGCGGGGCUGCACCAACGCCGUGCUCAUCUGGUUCAUGGACAACUACACCAUCAUGGCGGGCGUCCUGUUGGGCAUCCUGCUCCCCCAGUUCCUGGGGGUGCUGCUGACGCUGCUGUACAUCACCCGGGUGGAGGACAUCAUCACCGAGCACUCUGUCACCGACGGGCUCCUGGGGCCUGGAGCUAAGGCCAGCGUGGAGGCCGCAGGCACGGGCUGCUGCCUGUGCUACCCCGGGUAGGGCGCCCGCCUGGGACGGCGGCCCCAGCAGGACCGUGCCAUGCCGGACAGCACCUCUCAGUCCACACUGCGGGUGGACAGGACCGUGGCCCUCUGCCACACUCGGGCAGACUGAAGCCCGGGCUGUGUGUGCCUGCCCGUGGUGUCCCACGGAGGCUUCCCUGUGGCCUGGGGGACAAAGGCGUCCCUUCUCCAGGCCUGGACCCAGGGGCAAGGGGAAGCUCAGGGCUCAGCCCGGGGUCCAUUUCGUGUCUGCCAGUGCCUUGGCCCGUGGUCCUUAUGCCCCUGCCAGGGCAGUUUUGUGGUGACUUGUAAGUGAGGAGAGAGGAGAGUGUGUGCGCCCCAGGGGCGGGAGGGGCGGGCUGCAGCCCUGGGCCCCUCCACCUGGCCAUGCCCGGGGCCAGCUUGGGCCUCUUCUCAGCCUCCAGGUGCCUUGAGCCCCUUCCACAAGCCCUGCUGCUUUGCUGACCCUGGUUUUUAUGUGAUUUUUGUAACAUUCGUCUUUUAUACAGGUAACAGGAGUUUCUGACUAAUCAAGGUUAUUCCCUCAUCUGCCCUAUUCUUGUCCCCUCCAAGCCAGUUCAUUAAUGAAACAAUAAAGGUAUGAUUUUUUUUUUUU